AUGGACGCCUCAGUGCGGAAGCAAGUCGACCACUUCUGCCACCAAUAUCUCCAAUUGGAACAAAACUUGGACUACCCCGAACCUCAAAACAUCAGGCUCCCUGAAGUUCAAGAUGUCAUCUAUCAGAGACUCUUUGCAGACGAUUCUCUUCCCGGAGGCCCUCCUCCACUGAGGUACCAGGUGAGAGUGCUCAAGGAGCUAGUCUCCCGCAUUGAGGCCAGCAUAGACGACUGGGAUGAACAUGGAGUGUCCGAUGGCCUCAUGUCCUCCCUCUCUGUCUUAUUCUCCACACCAGCCCCCAACGAGGAUGAUGCUGUGCAGCAAAAGUGCCGCGUUGUCUAUCAUCUCGCAUCGUUGCCAGAUCACGAGGCUCGCAUCAACCUGUUUGAGAACCGCUCUCUCGUCGCCGCCGGUGGUACUACGGGUCUGAGGACAUGGGAGGCAGCGCUUCACCUGGGACAGCUUCUCUGUCAUGAUCCCAGCAUUGUCUCGGGAAAGAGAGUGCUGGAGCUUGGGACCGGGACUGGCUAUCUCGCCAUUAUGUGCAUCAAGUACUUGGGGUCAACCCAUGUCAUAGCAUCAGAUGGAUCAGACGACGUCAUCAACAACCUCCCUGAAAACCUCUUUCUGAAUCAGCUUGAGGGUUCAGAUGCAAUACGUCCCAUGGAUCUCAAGUGGGGGUAUGCACUUGUAGGAACCGAAGAAGAGCGGUGGAACGGCGGCCGUCCGUUGGAUGUUGUGCUCGGGGCGGACAUCACAUAUGACCCAAGUAUAAUCCCAGCCCUUGUCAGCACGCUUUUGGAACUCUUUGGCCUGUAUCCUCAUGUUGAGGUCAUCAUUGCAGCGACUCAGCGUAAUCUGGAAACGUUUCAAGUGUUUUUGGACAAGUGCCGCGACGAGGGGCUGAAGGUGGAAGAUGUCUCAUUUGAGAUUCCGUCGCGUGACCAACAAGAAGGGCCAUUUUAUAAUGAUCAGGUUGCUAUUAGAAUCUGUAGAGUAUCUAAAUUAUGA